AUGUCGGCCGCAGCGAUGCGCCACUACCUGGACGACGACAGUUCCGACUCGAAAAGUGAUAGCGAGUUUCUUGAGUCUAUUCCUGAGUCGCCGCCGAUGGCACGGCUGAAGAGUUUGCAGCAUCAGAAGAGGUAUACCAAAGAAUGCCUGGAAGAUGACCUCCUAUCCAGCAGUGAUGAUGACAGUAGCCUCUAUGAAAAAGAAAACCGGGUCCCGAAUAGACGAUCGAUCUAUCAAAAAGCAGCUUCCGGCUAUGAUUAUGCAACAAGUCAUAGCGGCUCGUCGAUUCACAAUGACAUGGACUAUUCGUCGUCGAUCACGGGUUCUCUCGGAGAUAUGACGGGAGAGACGACGGCGACUUCACAGGAUACUUGUUCGUUGCCUGAUACAGACAGCAUGUCGGAUCAGUAUGCACCGAUUCAACGGAAGAAGCCGGUGCCCAGCAAGAUUUCCCCACCGCUUGAGAAUUACGUUUACGGUCCGAGGUUGAGUAGUAUUGAGGAACUCCCAUCACCAAUUCACCCAACCGGUAAUGGAGACCUCUCACCACUUGUGACCCAGGGAAAUUACGGCUACUCCACCCGACCCUCCACCUUCAACCCGCCACACACAUCAACUACCACCCAUCUACCACCCAUGAUGCCACCCCCGCUACCCCCGAAACCCAUGGGAAUGUAUGGCCAUCAGACGCACCCAAAGACAAACCCAAACUACCCACCUCGAAAUCAAGUCCUCUCCUCGACCCCGCGGCAGGCGAGAACCAGAAGAAUCCCGAAGAUCAAGAAAUAUGAUGACAUUCUAGCCCAGUCGACUUCAAUCCCGAUUGAUCCGCUACCCCACGGAAUGGCCCUGCCGCCACCACCGAGGGAAAGAGAAUAUACACCCAUGGAUUUUGGAUGCCCAUCGAAUGCCCUUGCUCGUAAAUGUAAAAUCAAUGGUAUCCUAUUCCUGAGCAUGACGAUGAGUGAGAGGCACCUACGGGUUAGGAUUCAACGCAGUCAUUUCUUUUUUGACCCUCCGCCCUUCCUUGCAUCGUUUGUUCGACUCGAACUGGUGCCCGCCGGGGAUCACGGCCGAAAAAGAUCCGUCCACCAACGCCACAUCAACUUGAGCGAACGAACCCACCGUAUUCGUCGGACCCGGAAUCCAAUUUUCGAUGAAAAAUUCACAUUCGAUAUUGCUUCUGUAUUUUACAAGAGCCUGCAAAUUUCCGUGUACACUUUGAAUCCGGACCGGAGACACCAAGAUUUCUAUGGCGGUAUGACGUUUUCGAUUAAAAAGUUGGAAAUUGAAGCUGCGCGAAGGAACGGUGGGAAGCUGCCAAGCCGACAGCAGAAAAUCGAUAUCAUAAGCGACGGCUAUUUCCUAAUGACAGAAGAAGGGGCUUCCAAAAAUCUGGCAUGUGCUAAGAUCAAACACCACAAGGAAUACGAUGCCCGCCAGAUUGAUGGGGUCGGAUACCACGGCCAAGAUCUGAUGCUGCCGGAUGACCGGAUGGCCUCGGUCGGCGAAUCAUCAUCGUCAUGGGCGCGAAGUUACGGUAGCGGCCCCAGCGGCUUCUCCUCCCCUUAUGAGCGGCAUAAGUCAAAGUCUGCGUCUUCAAUCAAUGGCGGUCUGGACAGCAUGUUGACAUUUGACUACACCACCGCCUCGAGCAGUUCCGGCAUUUCCGGGUCACAGAUGUGCGGACGGUUUCCGACGGGUCCUUCGGUGCCUACGUUUAAGAUUAGCUCCCACAUCAGCGAAUCCGACACGACGGACCCGGAUGGGCAGCCGACCUGCGCGAAGGUCAGCCAUGACCAUCUGCAAGCUCAACGAGACGACGUGCCACCACCCAGGGAAAAUAAGGGCGGCUUGAAUUCGGCGAUUCGGAGAGCACAAUCAUUUACGUUUUCACCGAAAGGAUCUGUACCAAAAGAGCCUCCGCGGGCAGCUGGUUCGAAAGAGGAGACAAAACGGCGGUUACUG